AUGCCCAUUGCCAUUGCUCGUGUUGAUUCGUCCCUCACCGUCAGUCUCAACGCCAUGUUGGCCUUCAUGUGUCUCUUGUGGUUGAUGGUCAGUCCUCUUCUCCUUUACGCUUUUCCUCAUGCUAAAACACGACUACAGGGAACUGCCAACACCGUUAUCUACGUCUGCACUCGUCGUCUCGGUCCCACUCCAUGGCACCGCCGCUCCGCUUCCAACUCCAAGUCGCGCACGCGCAGCAAGUCCUCUCGCCCCGAGCAAAGCACCAACCGUGGAACUGGCCACACUCGAGGACCAAGCAACGCCGUGGGUAUCACCACGAUCAACGGAAACCACACUGGUACCCUCCCCAUCCAAAUCCAGAUCGACAAGUACACCCACGCGACAGACGACAAGUUCUUUGACCUCGCCAAGGAACGAAGGGAGAGCAGCAACCGAAGCAGCUUUACGGGUGCUGAUGUACCCGCUGCUCCAGCUACUGCUUUCUCGGGAUACGACUCGAAACCUGCGGCUGCGUUUGACAGCACCCGAAUCGCCUUUGAGCCCAAGCGCUCCUUUGAAGGUGCCCGACCAGUACAACCACAGGUCGUCGACAGACCCCAGCACACGCGCGCAGAAAGUUUCAACUCGACAUUUGCCCCCGUACGAAGGGAGAGCAAGGUCGGAUUUGACUUUGGCGAUGUCCCGACUGGAACGAGACAUGCCAUCCGCCAAAACUCGAUUUCGAAUGUGCGGACUGCGGGUACAACCGUGCCUAGCGCUCCUGGUGUAAUUGUACAAACUUAUCCUCGCCCACCCAAGCCUCCGUUCUACCAAAAUCCUCAAGACUCUGCCUCGUUCUCGUAUCAGCCUCCUAUCACCACGGUCGCUCCUCAGCCUGUGAUUCCGCCAGUAGAACAACAACAAAUCCACGAGUAUGAAGAGGAACCUCAUCCUUAUUCUCGCGCUCAGUCGCCUUCCCAGCGCGUCCGACCACUCCCUCCGACUCCAGAGCCCACUUCAAUAUCGAAGGUCACUCGAGUCCACGAGCAUCGGUUAGACCCGGGAGCGUACAACUCGUACUAUUACGAUGAUACCGACGACGACGUCAGCCCUCGCAGUGCCGAUUUUGGCAACAUUGGCUCUAGCUCUGGUGCACCUCAUCACACCAGAAUGGGAAGUGUCAAGGACCGAGCAAAGUCAAUCGAACGGUUUCCUCCCACCAACCAAACCCGCCACGCCUUCGACCCGCCGCCUUUAUACGACCAACUCAUCACGAUCGCUCAAACUUUCAUACCUAGAAAGCUUUCGAUGACACACACUCAUUGUAUACUCUCGACUCUAUCCAAAGACGGAUCAAUAUCAGCCAACUCCUAUCAUACACAGACUAUGGAGUUGUAUCCUUACCUCACCAAUCCAUCAUCCUCAAACCAAGCAUUGUACAUCCUCUAA